AUGUCCCCCUACCGCGCCAAUCUCUCCAAUGAGGGGCACACCUACACCAAGCAGGAAGGCUUGGUCGCUGGUCUCCGCACCUACGGCGUCGUGCAGCCAGAGCGCAAGAUUCGACAAGUCGACGACGGCAAUGUCUGGGAGGCCAUUGUAAUUGGCUCCGGUUAUGCCGGUCUGAUUGCCGCUCGUGACCUUGUCAAGGCUGGCAAGAAGACUCUCCUCAUUGAGGCCCGAGAUCGCGUUGGUGGCCGAACCUGGAGCGCUGAGCUUGAUGGCACAACAUAUGAGAUGGGUGGCACCUGGAUCUCACACGUCCACGGUCGCGUGUUUGGUGAGAUGGUGCGCUACGGUCUCAAGGACGACGUCUCCAUGACCCGCACAGAGAACGGCGGUUGCGAUUACUUCACCCUCGACACUGGUUCCGGUUCCCGAAAGUUCACCCACAAGGAGGCUGGUGAGAUGACCGCCAGAGCCUGGGGCAUCUUUAUUAACAUUGAUGGCAACAACGGUCGCGACAUCUGCCCUCUGCCUUACUCGACUCUUGGCAACUCGCGUGUUAGUGCCAAUCAGGUCAAGGCUGUCGAUCAGCUCUCAUGCCGUGACCGCAUCGACCAGAUCAAGGACCAGCUGAGCGCCGAUGAGCUUGCUCUUCUUGAGUCGCUCGUUCCGCACAUCGGAGGUGGCUCCGUUGAGAAUUUUGGAUUCCUUGAGAUGCUCCGCGCCCAAGCUCUUCAAGGUUACGAUAUCGCCACUUUUGAGGAGGUUUGGACACUAUACAAGAUCCGCGAGGGUCAGUCUACGCUCGCUCGUCGUAUUUUCGACGACGCUGUCCUACUUGGCCUCCAGUACUCGUUCAAGACUCCCAUCAAGUCCAUCGUCGAGAGAGAAGGAAUCGUGUCCCUCCACACUCCGGACAGCAAGAUCUUCCGUGCCAAGCGCGUUGUCAACACCAUCCCCAUCGCCGUGCUUCCCGACAUCCACUUCGACCCACCUCUGUCGCCUCUUCGCCAGGAAGCCAUCAAGAUUGGCCAAGUGGACUAUCUGACCAAGAUUCAUGCUGAAGUUGAGGGAGAUCUCCGAGGUCUCCGAGGUUGUACUUGGCCGGGUGAUAUGCUGUAUGUUUACGGCGAUGGUUUCUGCGCUGGCGGCAAGACGACCCGCAUCACCUCGUUCGCUGGCGACAAUCGUGGCAAGCUCGAUCCCCUCAAGGAGCCCGAGCGUCUUGAAACCGCCCUGAAGCGAUUCCACCCCAUGGACAUCAAGAAGGUCGUCUUCCACGACUGGGUCUCUGACCCUUACGCUAAGGCUGGUGCUGCCUGGUAUCCCGCUGGUUUCCUCACCAAGUACCUUGCCGAGCUCCAGAGCCGUCACGGAAAUGUCUUCAUGGCCAACGCCGACUGGGCCAACGGAUGGAGAUCCUUUAUCGAGGGUGCGAUGGAGCAGGGUGCUCUUGCUGCGGAUCAGGUCUUGAACGAACUUGGCAUCCUUGGCGCCAACCCUGCUCCUGGCGAAUACCAGCGCCCUUCGAGACUGUAA